AAGCAGUUAAUUGAUUUAAAAUAGCUUGAUGAAACAACUAAUGUUCAAUAUGUAAUAAAAGUAUCAAGAGAAGUAUAUAAUCGUGCUCAUAAUGACAUGAUAUAUGCUACUAGACUGUUAGAAAAGGCAAAAACGCUUAAUUCUAAAGAUAAAAAUAAUUCUACUUCAUCAAUAAAUAUGACGACAAAUAAUAUCAAUAAACCCAGUUCAAGCAUAAAGAAAGCAGUAGUUCCUAUAAAUACUGAUAAUGAAAAUACAUUUGAUAAUAAUAAUACUAUUUCUGAUAACGAAAAUACUGUGGAUACGCAAGACACAAAAAUAAAUAAAGAAAAAUGGGAACAUAAAACUAUACUUUUUCUGAUAUCUUUAUAUAAAGAAAAAUCAUAUAUGCUGGGAAGAGGUCAGUGCAAUAAUAAAAUGGACGCAUUAAAGAGACGAUGUCGUCAGAUUUUAGAUCACAAUGCUCAAAAUGGUAACGAUCGGAAGAACUGGAUAUAUUUAGAUGUGUUAGAUGACAUUUUUCGAAAGAAACAUUGGGUGACCCCAUUAGCUGUAGCAGGAUCAAGUAUCAAAGAACCUGAACCUGAACAUUCACCAUUAACUGAUAGUAAUGAUGAAAAUAAAUUACCAAUUAGUAAGUAACUAUAAAACAAUUUUACUCAACUAUACAUUUUUCUAUUAUGUAACUAAAUAUAUAUAUUAUUUUGUAUAUACAGAGCAGAGAAAAAUUUCAUUAUCUGAAGCAAGAGCGAAUUACUUAACUGCUUCAUUAGAGGAGAAGAGGUUAAAAAGAGAAGAAACUGCUAAUUAUAGAGCAGCAAAAUUACAAAUUUUAAAAGAAAUAAAACAAGUAUUCGAAAAACAGAA